CCGUGAGGCUGCCCGGCGUUCGGAGAGCAAGCGCUCCUGCGAACCACAACUCCCGGCACGCCCCGCGGGCGAACGCAUCACAAUGCUCCUGAGCCACACCGCCCCCCACCGAGGAGAAAUGCGAGUUGCAGCCGGGAAGGAGGAGACUGGAAGCGAAGCGAGCGACAAGACCCAGCAGCGUUCAGAUAGAUGGACUAUAAGAAACUUUCAGAGGGCCUCUCCAUAAAAAUUUUCUCGUACCUCCAUGAUCCAGCGGGAUGGAAAGUGGUGAAAUGUGCAAAACAAAUGUCAGUGUCAGCAAGACCUUCAACAGACUUCCCGGGAACUCUAUAUCGUGCUGAAGCUCUGGUGGAAGUACCGGCUCCUAAACUCUUCCCCUUCAUUUUCCGGGCUGAGUACCGCAGCAAAUGGGACAGAGCAGUACAGUCGUACAAACUUAUAGAUACAAUUGACCAGGACACUUUCGUUUACCAAAGUAUUACACACAGUUACGGCUUGGGACUGGUUACACCGAGGGAAUUUGUCUACUUGCUGCAUGUUAAGACAUAUGAUGGAGAUUUAUUGACAACAAACUCUGUAAGUGUGGACCACCCAGCCUUGCCUCCAACUCCAAAGUAUGUGCGUGGAACAAACUACCCUUCUGGCUAUGCGUGCUGUCCCAUACCAGGCAACCCAGAGCACUCCAAGUUUGUGGCGAUUGUCCAGGUGGACUUAGGAGGGAGGUUAAUGCCUUCCGUCAUAGAUUCGGUUAUGCCAAUGAGCAUCAUGAACAUGAUCAUGGAUUUCAAAGCUGGAAUUAAGUCACUGAAGGGAAGCACCCUAUAAAAGUCUACCAGAGA